CUCCACUUUUCAACCUUCAACGCGGCUUUGAAGAAGAACUCGCAAAAAGAUAUCCAAUCUACACGUGCCUUACAUAGCCAGACACGUUCUCCCUCAAGUUGCUUGCCUUUGUUUCCGAGGCGUAUGUCAACUUGAAGACUUCAAUAUUAUAAUCCGGUCUAAUACUAUCCAAACCUCGAGAAUUUGACCGAUACCUAUUGCCCAUCAUGAUGCACCCGGCGCGACAGGCGUAUGUAGAGGAAGCGGAAGAGGAGCGUGGAAUGUCUUUAGACGAAAUUCCCGUAGAUCGCGACUAUGAUAUUCCCUCAGCAGCUGCCGGCAUUGCGCCGGAGAAAGCGUCAGCUAUAUUAUCGCAAUUCGAGCGGAAGAGGCGAGCGGCAACCAUGGCAGUGCCUACGGAUGAUGGUCGAGUGCGUGCCAAACUACGAGAGCUUGGAGAACCGAUUACACUUUUUGGCGAAGGCCCAGCAGAUCGACGAGACAGAUUAAGGGAACUUUUGACUCUACAAGCGGAACAAGCACCGACAGAAUCACCAGAUGUUGCUAUGGAAGAUGCGCCAGAAGAAGACCAGGAAGAUCAGGAAGAGGAGUUCUACACCACUGGUAGCGACGAAUUAUUACGAGCGCGGCAGGACAUCGCCCGCUUCUCCCUGCCCCGAGCGAAACAAAGGCUGUCAUUCCAAAAACAAGAAGCGUCUAUACCUCUACGAACCCAUGUCAAAUUCCGUAAAGAGAUCAAGGAGCGCCUGCAAGCAUUCGAAUUGCAAGGCAGCCAGACCGCGGGAGAUAGGAACGUCAGCAUGACAAGAAUAUCACCUAACGGGGAGCUCGUCGCUGCAGGGAACUGGGGAGGAUCCAUCAAACUGAUUGGAAUACCGUCGUUGGAAGAGAAGACGACAUUACGAGGACAUACUAACAGAGUUAGUGGCAUCUCGUGGUUUCCCGGCGCAACUCUUCCCGAGGGCAACGUUUCUCCAGAAGCGGUCAAUCUAGCUUCGGGAGGAGCUGAGGGCCAGGUAAACCUUUGGUCAUUAAAUAAGGACACACCGCUCUCGACACUGGAAGGGCAUGGUCAGCGAGUAUGCCGAGUUGAGUUCCACCCCUCAGGACGGUAUCUUGCCUCAGCAUCAGAAGACACUACAUGGCGUCUAUGGGAUGUCGAGUCGACGACGGAGUUACUACUACAAGAAGGUCACUCGCGGGGCGUCUUCGCUAUAAGCUUCAACUCUGACGGGUCACUACUAGCCAGUGCAGGUUUGGAUAGCAUUGGAAGAAUAUGGGACUUGAGGUCAGGAAGAACUGUCAUGAUUCUGGAUGGACACGGAGACGGACAUAUUAAACCUAUCCACGGCAUCGAUUGGGGUUCGGACGGCUAUCGAGUGUUAACCGGGUCGGCAGACGGCUGGAUCAAAUGCUGGGAUGUAAGAAAAGUCCAGAGGACCGGUGGUAUUGGUGCCCAUACCAGCGCAGUUUCAGACCUCAGAUGGUAUAAGGGGUUAGAUGAUCCUAUUCUAGGUACUCCCCCAGGCCUCGAUGAGAAGGGGAACCAGCUCCCUAAAAAGUCGAGCACGUUUUUUGUAUCCAGCGGCUUUGACCGUAAGGUUAACGUUUUCUCUGCCGAUGACUGGACUCUCAUACAGACUUUGGAAGGACAUACCGGGCCGGUUGCGAGUGUAGAUAUUAGCAGAGAUGCAAGAUGGAUUGUCAGCGGUGGUCACGAUAGAACAGUUAAGCUGUGGGGUCGCAAUGAUGGAGAGGGUAUUUAGCAAAUUGUACCAGGGACAUUCAGACAUUAUUGAAGAUGGAAGGGGACGUACAAGCGAGCUCGGAAGAUACCCAAUAGAAUUGACAUUGCUGUGUCGAAAAGAUAUACUUCUUAGAGAUGGUGAAGGCGUGACAUACGCGAGCUACCUAUAUACCUAUUACAUAUAUUAACUAGUUAUAGGUAGUAUACUUAGACUGUAUGAGAAGUGUAUUAUCACUG